CGCUUUGUCAGCUGGGCAAGUAGCAUGUAAACAAAGAAAACAUUAAUUGAGUGACGUGUACACAUUAUUAAUAAUUAGAGUGAAUGAAUCUACCGCGUAAUAUUGAUUGUAUUAUUGAGUAAAAGAACGUAAAAAGUGCCGAAUACACACCUGAAGCGAGCUUUAGAUGAAGAUGGCCGGCAAAUUCUAUUAUUUUGGCUUUGGCAGCAAUAUGUUGGCCAGUCGCAUCCACAUACAAAAUCCCACGGCGAGGCGCCUCGGAGCUGGCAGACUGGAGAACUAUCGCCUAGAUUUUAAGGCUGUCGGCUCGAAUAACUGGCUGGGAGCACCGGCGACAAUUGUGCCGACGGCUGGUAGUCAAGUGUUUGGCGCCAUUUGGGAGAUUGACAUGUGCAAUCUAAAGGAUUUGGAUAACCAGGAGGGCGUUUCCGACGGCAUUUAUAUACCGAUUAGUGUGCCCGUUCACUCGCUGACCACCAAGGACGAGGUCAUCUGUCGCGCCUACCAUCUCAGCAAUCAACCGGACACGAUUGUCCAUGCCGAAUCCGCUGUGACAGAUGUGCCUCAGAAUCGCCAGCCCUCUUGCACAUAUCUGAAGGUGUUGGUCAAGGGCGCCGAGGAGACGGGCAUACCCGAGAUAUAUAUCAAGUGGCUGAAGGGUCUGCACCACAAUGGCAACAUGGUCGAGGCAAUGGAGCUCAAAUUGGAACUAUCUGAAGUCAAACUCAGUUAACAUUGAACUCUGCAAAUUCCUAUUCUAUAUUCGUAUGAGUUUCCAUUUUUUAUAUAUAUUUUGUAUUCUCCUUUUUGGAUCCAACUUUUUACAAAUGUGUAUAAAAUAUUUUUAAAGGGUUGACUGAGCACAUUAUACAUUUAUAACAAAUCAUUUCACGCAUUCAGAAAUAAAUAAAUAUAUA